AUGUUCUCGUUGCGACGGGCUCUGUGUCUGGCAGUUGCUCUUCCAGGUCUUCACACGGGGGCGACUUCAUGGUCGCCACCAAAAGAGUCUGCUCAGCAUGCGUUCAUAGUCAAGGAUGUAGUCCCUUUUGCCGUGGCCGAUAUCGAGCCUCUUGCUGUUGGAGAACUCCGGCCGGUUAAAUGCCGGGAGUGGCAUAGUUGGAGCGGCUCACCUCCGGCUGACGACUCGCUGGGCCUGGAGUGCGGGUUCCUAGGGGUCCCGUUGGACUACGGGGACCGGUCGGCAGGGACGGGAAGGGUGUACUACACCCGCUUGCCAGCACGCUCUGCCCAGUCUCGCAGAGGGACGAUCUUCCUCAGCCCAGACCUCGCAGGCGGAAGUACCAUGAACGUUAAUGAAUACGCGAAACUCUCCCAUGAUGCAUUCAUAGAGCGAGCCUUGACACUAAGGCGUCUUACGGGGGAUACGUUCGACAUCGUGACGUGGCGAGUCCGCGGCGCGCCCGAUCCAGCCGGUGCGACCAUCGACGGGGAACGCUACAACAUCCUCGUCGAGACUGCCCAGUCGCUCAAGCGUGACCCGAACCGCGGGAGAAAGCUCGAACGGAACGCCACGUACGAGAUCGAGCAGGACGUGCGUUUGUGGUCCACUUUCCAAGCCACGAUCCUGCGGCGUUGUCUCGAGACCAUGGACGCCCGUCUCGUCAAGUACGUAGGGACGGCGGCGACGGCGCGCGACCUCGCCGCGCUCGCGGAUGCGCUCGACGGGCCCGGCAGGCCCGUCCACUUCCUGGGGACAGGGCAGGCGUCGCUGAUUGGCAGCUAUUUUCUGAAACUGUUCCCCCAGAUGCUCAGUAUUUUGCUCUCAGAACUGGCGAAUUAUAAUGUCUUCAUGCAGGGAGAGAUCCUGGACGUGAUGCCCAUAGUCUGUGGAGACCUUACACUGGAACCCGAUUCCCGCGAGAUGACUACGUUCCCAACUUUGGCCAACCUCCUUUCUAACGCGCAGAUUGCGCCAGAGCUGACGCCGUCACCAUCGCCGGAGCGCCUCGUCAUUAUCGACGAAGAGCACCCGCUGGUGCCCGUUCACGAGCAGCUGCCGAACCUCCGGGAAGCGUCGGCAGUCACUGCGCAAGCCCCGAUUGGAACGUCUACUCUGGCGACUCCUUGUAUAUGGGGACGUAUUGCAGAUUUUCUCCUCGACGGCUCGACGCCGCCCGUCUCGCGGUGCGGCGACGACGUGAUCCCAUCCUUCUUGAAAGGUUUCGCAUCCAGUAGACACUCUGAUACUAUGGCUGCUGUCGCAGACGCCCUCCCCUUUCCCGCCUUCGCCAAUAUACCCUCCUCCGACCGCGCACAGCUCGCUGGUCUCUCAAGAAGUGGUGUACAAGCUUGGGUCUGCUCCCGCGCACAGGAGUACCUGCGCUUCGCAUCUGCUCUCCAUUCCCUCCACAAUUCCCUCACGCCCAUCCACUGCGCCCUUCCCCCAGAGAUACUCGCGGAAAUCUUCGAGCAAUACGUCUACAACGGACAGAACCCGUUCGUGCUCGCGCACACAUGCCGCACUUGGCGUGAAAUUGCGCUCGAUACCCCGCGUCUGUGGGCGUCCGCCGCGGUAUCUCCCAUGGGGCCGCUGUAUGACCUCUCUCCCUGGUACGACGGCGAACUGUCAACGCGACAACAACAGAACCGUAUCGAAUUUACAUCUGCGAUGUUAUCGUGGUCCAAGGCUCUCCCUAUUCCCCUCGUAUUAUUUGGAGGGAUCCCGAAGGCGAUCAGAGAAGCGUUGGCACCCCAUACAGGCCGCAUUGUCAGCCUGGUGGUGGAAAUGAACUCGGAGGAAGCCUUCUGGGCGUUUUUCUCCCUUCUGGAACAUGGUGCGGAAAGUCUCGAGACCCUCCAAAUUCAAGUCGAACGCCUUUCGACGACAGUAUGGACGGACGAUGCAGCCCCGCAACGCGUGGACACAUCCUGGAAUCUCCCCGUCCUCCGAACAUUGUCUUCUGUUCCCCUCGAUAUGUUCACGUACCUCUCGCGGCCCACCCUUCAAGCAGUCUGCAUCACCGAUCCAGUGUUCAGGAUGACACCAUUGAGCCCAUUUUCUAGGUUUGAAUCACGUCAUACCGGGGAAACUCCUCUCGCAUCUUUCGUUUCCGCGUUGGAACAGUGCACCGGGCUACAAGACAUCCGUGUCAAUCUCAUGGAAAUGCUCCAUGAGUUCGCUCCUGGCUGGGGCGGCCCGUCGCAAACUGCCAACUUGCCCUCUUUGUACCGACUCAUCAUCAGGUCUUCUCAAGAUCCAUCCAUACUCCCCGCGUUCCUAGCCUCGAUAUCUCCGCCCGCUCAUACCUUCAUCUCCUUAAACCUCCCCUUCUCCAUUCCCAACAAUGAUUUGUGGGACGCCCUCUCCCGAGACGCGAACGUACAAGAACGAACGCCGUUUAUGGCCUACUCAACCGUCGUCCUGCGCGCCGUCGCCGACGACUCUUCCUGGAUCCGCGUUUCAGGCUGGAGCGGCACCCAACCGGAGUGCAUCCUCUUCACGGUCUACUGCGGGUGCCUGUCCACACCCGACGCCCAUCUCGACUGGUUCGACGGGCUCUUCUCCAUCAUCUGCGCGGCCCCCUCGAUGAGUGGUCUCACCCUCUAUUUGGAAGAGCCCUCCUUCCGGGGCCGCGAUCAGCUCGCCGUUCUCUUCCGGCGGUGCCCUUUCAUCACCCACCUGGUCCUCCACGGCAUCUUCGCGGGCGACGCCCUAUACGCCCUCGGCGCCCCCUCGGACUCGAGUCCGCUCUGCCCGAACCUGGCCACGCUCGUCGUACACUUCCCCGUCUCGGCCGCUCCAGGAUACGAGGGGUACGGAGUUUGGACCGCGCUUGACGCGCGCGGGGAGGGAUGGGAAGACGAGCUGCGGGCUUCGAUGGUCGCGCGCCGGGACGCGCUUGUCGGGACGCUGUCCGGCCGAGCUGCGCGCGGGACUCGUCUGACGACGCUGACGUGGUGGGAGAGGGCGUGGGAUGGGCCCGAGCCGUGCCAGGACUGGGAGGCGAGCGCGGUCAUCGACGAGUACGAGCCGGAUGCUUCGUGGUGCGAUUUGACGGAGCUGCGGGCGCUGGUUGACGGGGAGGUCAAGUUCGGUGGAUUCAGCUACGAGAGGAAGGCGAUCUACGAGUCCCCCGUCGGCCCGGAGAAGUCGACAAAGGAAGGGUUCACCGUGGUCGUCCGAACCGUCCCCUCGCGCCUGCUGCCGUACGUGUUCCGCGGGUCCUACGCGCGCUUACCCCACCGCACGUCCUCGAUGCGGGAGCAAGUGGAUGGCAAGCUCUUCGACCCUUUUGACACGUUCCAGUCUCCGAUGAUGCCACCGAACGCGCUCCCGCUCGAGAUCGGCGAGCUGCGGAUUCUCGACGACUGCUUCGACCCUCACAUUCACAGAAUGUUUCGUGCCAUGCACCCCGGAAAUUCGUCCACGGUCCCAGAGUGUGGGCUGUUGGGCGUACCGCUUGACUAUCACAAUGCGUCUGCCGGUGUAGGCCAGGUUCGUUACCUCCGACUUCCGGCAAGCCCCGACGUCGAACGCAAGGGGACGAUCUUGCUCCAGUCCGGAUCUCCGUUACUAGGGGACCGGCACGAGGAGAGCGUGGACCUUUGGUUCGUGCCAUAUUCUUCCCUCGCCAGCAACAGCACCGCGGGCGCGUACGACAUCGUCACCUGGAGGAUCCGCGGCGCGUUGGAUCGGGCCGAGGACGGGACGGUUCCCAGCGCAGUCAAAUGCUUCACAGACGCUGCAGAGCGCGCCGAAUUCUUCCGCUCUACUGCCAUAGCGCUCGAUUACUCUCCCGAUUGGGACGACUGGCUGCACUACGGGACGGUCCCGACUGCGCGCGACACCGUGGCGUGGGCUGCGAUCCAGGAGAAGCUCGUGCAGCAUUGUCUCGACAAAACCGAUCGAGAAAUGUUGAAGUAUGUCGGCACAGCUGCCACAGCAAGGGAUGCGGUUGCGCUGGUGGAUGCUUUCGACGGCCCUGACAGUCGAGUCAACUUCUGGGGCGGUGGACACGGAAGCGUGAUCGGUGAUUAUAUUUUGCAACUAUUCCCUGGUCGCGUAGGACGAAUGGUGUUCGAUGCUCCUGCAGAUCCUCAGGAGUCCAUCCGGGAAGAAACUUACAAGCAAUGGGUUUCUCAAAUGCAACACGCCAACGAUGUUGUUACGAACUAUUUUCGAGAUUGCGCUGGUAGUGCGGCCAGCGGGACGGGAUGCUACUUGUCAUCAAGUGGUGACGAGUGGCCAAUGAGCUUUCUGGUGAUCUUGAACCUGAAGCUGGUACUCGGCACCUUACGCACGACUAUGGUAGACUGGGAGAACCAGUUAGAAGUCAAUAUGCAAAACGAAGCGCUCCUAGCCCUCCUUGAACAGGUCUACGACAACACGAAUCACACGUACGAAUACGACGAUAUGUUUUCGGACGAUUUCAAGCUCCCGCCGCGCGACCUCUCGCACUUUUUCGACGCCCCCGGCACACGGCCCGAACUGACCGUCCUCAGAACGCUGGGAAUGAUGCCCGUUCGCUGCGGAGACAUCGCGGGUGAACACGGCACGGCAGGCCCAACGAACGAGGAGCUCGUGGCCGGGAUGCCAAUCGCCCCUCUCAUCAUCCCCGCAGCGUUCCCCUCGCUCGACUACAUGUGCCACCUGUGGCCGCACCGCGCCGUCGAGCGGCUCUCCUCCUUCUCUCCUCCUCCCGCGGGCUCCGGAGAGCGGCUGCUCGUGAUACACGAGAAGAGCGCGCAGAUCUCGCUCGCGGAGCAGCUGCGCCACCUGCCCUACGCUUCCGCUGCCACUGCGCAGGCGUUCUUUUCGGCCCAGCUGUUUGGGCCGUCAGAAUGUUCGUGGGAGCGCAUUGGGGCGUUCUUGCGCGACGGCACGUACCCUCCACCAGUCUCGCAGCCCACUCUCGCAGCCCCUACAUAUGCGCGCCCAAGCCUCCUCUUUUCAGGCUUCGGGCUCGCCCUGAGGAUUGCUCGCUCCGGGGAGCUACCGUAA